UUAUGUUUUAGUUUACUUUAGUUUAAUGUAGUGUGUAAAUCGGUUUGUUAUGAUGCACAGCGUGAUGUGGCCUAUAUAUUUCUUGCAAUUUUCGUCUCUUGAUGGUUUCCUUGGCCAAUCGUCACUGUCGAACAAUCAUAGUGACAAUGCUUUUUUGCUAAAAUUACGAUUACGGAGUUUACACUAAUUCCACCCCAGGAACUGAAAGAUCUCGUACUUUUUGAUACUAUUGCCAUAAACAGUCUCGUUACGGAACCGCAAGAUGUGGCGAAAAUUAAUCACAAUAUUAUGGAAAAAUUUAGUCAUCAGAAAACGACAUUGGGUUUUAACUAUUAGUGAAAUCGUAAUCCCCAUAAUACUGUUUACUUUGGUGGCUUAUGGAAGGUCAAAAAUUAGUGGAAUGAGUAAAGUGCAUAUCAAAGAACCUACAUACUAUGACGUCACUGAUACACACAACAUAUACUCUCAUUUAGAUGUUGACGAACUGAAACUUUGGUAUGCACCACGCACAAAUUUUACAAGAGAGAUAAUAAUUAAAGUUCAAGACAAACUUCAAAUACGAAGAGAUAGUGUAAAAGAGUUUGAUUCUACCAGUGAACUGUUGUUAGAGUUUGGAAAAAACGCAACAACCCUGAUUGCUGCUAUUAAUUUUGAUGUUCACGAUACAAAUCAUUUAAACUAUGACCUAACAAUUUACGAUAAAUAUUUUAGAUGGAACACAGAUAAAUUAUUUAUACCUUUGUUCACUCAGGAAGAAGGAAGAAUGUCUAAUUAUUUGUCUAAAGGUUUUGCUGCGUUACAACUGGCCAUAGAUAUGUCUUUCGUGGAGUUCCAUCUCGAUAACGAUAAAGAAAAGAAAAAUAAAGCGAUAGAAUUUUCUUUACAACAAUUCCCAGACCCACCUCGCACUGAUGAUUCCGGAGUCAAUCAAUUAUUUGUUCAUUUUUUGCCAAUUGUUACUAUUUUCAGUUUCAUAUUUUUAUGCCCGGCAGUAUUACAACGCGUUGGAGAAGAAAAAUUUUCGGGAACCAAAGAAUAUAUGAAAAUGAUUGGUCUGAAGUCAUCUUUAAUUUGGUUGGGAUGGUUUAUACAUGCUCUGAUGACCAACAUAUUCUCCAUUAUAAUAAUUGUGGUAUUAAUGAAGGUACCGUUUUGGGGAGUCUCAUAUCCACCGAUAGAACAUUCAGAUGGCACAGUUUUAUUUACAUUCCUGUUUUUGUACUGUAUGGCAGCUAUAACCUUCUGCUUUUUUAUUGCUAGUGUUGUCAACACACCAUCCGUGGCAACAGUAGUCGGAAUAUUGUUGUGGCUUAUUUCAUACUUUGUACCACAAUCAUUUAUAAAUUCCCAUGAAACUUUACAAUGGAAAUAUAAAAUGCCUUUCGCCCUUUUUCCUAAUAUGGCACUUUCUUAUGGUUACUCUUCUAUAUCAAUAUACGAAAUGAGAGAGGUUGGUAUUCACUGGAAUAAUAUUUUCCAGCCAGGAAGUGGAGAUGAUAACGAUAUAACGAUGGGAAAUGUGUUCAUAACAUUGAUAUUUGACAUGAUAUUAUUCAUGAUGCUCACACUUUACAUUGAAAAUGUUAAACCAGGAGAAUACGGAAUUUCUAAGCCAUAUAAUUUCCCAUACACCAAUUUUGUCUCUAUCAUGAAACUGUUUCAGUGUCUAAAAAAAAGUUUUGUGCAGUUGAAACGAUGUCUGGAUCAUCGAGUUCAAAACUCAUCGGAAGACAUAUUAUUACAAGACUCAGAGAUGGAAUACACAUCAACACAAACACCGUGUAUUCAAAUCGUUAAACUUUGUAAGAAAUACUCCCAUCAUGUGGCUGUGGAUGAUUUGACAAUGGACAUAUACAAAAAUCGCAUCACAGUGUUAUUAGGUCAAAAUGGUGCAGGAAAAACUACGACAAUGUCUAUUCUAACAGGAAUGAUCAACGCAACAAAGGGCGCAGUGUUAAUUAAUGGACAAAACAUUAAAACUCACACAGAUGACGUUAGGAAGCUAAUGGGCUUUUGUCCACAACACAAUCUGUUGUUCCCAGAUUUGACUGUUCAGGAACACCUAAAGUUUUUUGCAAGAUUGAAAGGGUCGAAAACUCGUGAUGACGAUUCCAAAGAGAUGCUAAAAAUUCUUGGAAUAGAGGAAAAAGCAAAUGAAAUGGCAAACGUCUUAUCUGGCGGAAUAAAACGGAAGCUCUGUCUUGGAAUGGCUUUAAUUGGAAAUUCAGAGGUUUUGAUUUUGGAUCAACCGACAUCCGGAAUGGAUCCAGAAUCUCGUAGAAAAAUCUGGAAUUUGCUACUGGAAUAUAGAAAAACUAAAACCAUAUUGAUAACAACACACUGUAUGGAAGAGGCUGACGUACUUGGAGACAUGAUAGCUAUCAUGGCAAAUGGUCGAUUACAAUGUUACGACACACCACUAAACUUGAAGACAAAAUACAAUACUGGUUAUCACUUAAAUUUGUUACUUGAUUCAAAUAGUGAUACAAAUGAAAUAGAGAAAACCGUUAAAUUGCAUUUUCCAGAAGUUAAACAGAUUCGUAGGAGAGAUGACUCUAUCGUCUAUUUGUUACCACUUUGGCAAGGAGCGAAGUAUGCACAAGUGAUUGAGGCUUUGGAAACGAAUCAAAAUACUUUAGGAAUUAAGGACAUCAACAUGGAUUUAACAACUCUUAAUGAUGUGUUUUUAAAAGCAUGUGACACCAAUAAGAACCAAGACGAGAUUGAUGGUGAAAAUGAAAGAGAAGCAGAAACUUUAUCGAUGAAUACUUGGCAAACAGAUUCGCAAGGCAGAUGCUGCUUUGGAAAUAUUGGAAAUCAAUUUUCAGCAUUAAUGAAAAAGCGUUGGUACUUUUUUCAGAAAAAGUUUUACUGGUUUAUUCCAGCAAUUCUUGUUUGCAUCUGCAUUUUCUUAUUGGCAAUUUGGUUAGGAAUGUCAAAUUCAGACAGUUAUGAUGGUGGUGGUCCAUCGAUGAACUAUUCGUUGCAAGUAUAUGGAAAGCCUAAAGUAUACUAUGGUGGUAAAAAGACUACAGAUCCUUUUCUCGAUACCAUGGGAAUUUUCUACAAAAAGUUUGUAAUGGAUGAAAACGCGAAACCUGUGUUGAGCGAAAAUAUUUCCGGUGACAUAAUAAAAGAAGGCGUCAAAAACAUAGCGUUUUACAAGAAGCACAUGAUCACAGCAAUUGAAUUCAACAGUACUUCAAACGAAACAGGAGUCGUUGUAAAUGCCAUGUAUUCAUCUGAAACAGUGCAUGGGAUACCUAUUUCCAUCAAUCUUGCAAUGAAUGCCAUUGCUAAAGCUUGGCUUGGUGGUAAUUUUUCAAUCACUACGCGUAAUACUCCUCUGAAACCAAUGUACUCUCAAGAUGCACCUUCAGAAUUAUCCAUUGUAAACGUUGCAAGUGUGUGGUUAAUCUUAAUUCCUAUUAGCAUGUUUUUCUUCAUGAGCAAUUUUAUCGUAUUUCCCCAUACAGAAGUAUCAACAGAUUUUAUAAAGAUUCAAACGAUUGCAGGAAUUAAAACAUAUUUCUACUGGCUAACAAAUGUUGGCUUUGAUGCAUUAUUUUCAGUGCUUCCAAUGGCGACACUGUGUAUUUUUCUGUUGUUAAUAAAUCAACUUCUUUAUAACGGGUAUGCUUUCCAGAAAGCAGAUAUCGAGGCAAUGUUUACGAUAUAUGGAACUUACAUCAUAGUGGCUUUGCCAUUUACCUAUCUAUUUAGUUUUCGAAAAACAAUUACAGGAGGCUUUGCCCUUUUUCUUAUGUUAGGUAUUUUUUUCGGUAUUGUUCCAUCGCUAAUCAUCGCUGCAAUGGAAUUUUCGCACCAAGAGUAUUAUAUCAAAAUUGCAAAGUGUUUAACACCUAUGUUAGUAGCAAUAAGUCCACAAUUUGCAAUGAGUUACAUAAAUGUUAAGUUUGCGAAGAAAUACAUUGACAAUUUCAACUGGAAAUAUAUGGACCCUAAAAAACGGUCUCAUAAUUGUAACAUCAAUCCAAAUCCCUGCUGCAAUGGAGACGACACAACUUCUUGUCACAAUUACCAAAAUUAUUUUCGAAAUGAAGAAUUGGGAAUUGGGAAUGAUCUAGCAAUAAUGCUCGUGGCAUUUGUUAUAUAUUUUGCAAUCUUAAUUUUCAUGAAGAGUGAACUUCACGAAAAAAUUAUGCACGUCUUGAAAUAUCCAUGCUCUAUUAACAUUUUUAAAACCCACUACAAAAAAAGUGAAAAGGAUGAAGACUUCACCGAAGAUACAUCUCUUCAAGUUACAAAUUUAACUAAAACAUUUGGAAGACAAACUAUAGUGAAGAAAUUAAAAUUUUAUUUAAAAAAUAAUAAAUGUUUCGGAUUACUCGGUGUCAACGGUGCUGGAAAGUCUACCACAUUCCGCAUGUUAACGAAGAAUUUAUUUUUCGAUAACGGCAGUAUUGCUUUAAACCCGGAAAACAAAAAAAAAGCAAUAACGAUAAACCAACCAGAGUACUGUCAAAAAAUUGGUUAUUGUCCUCAAGAAGAUUGUUUGAAUUAUUUUCUAACUGGACGAGAACUAAUACGUGUUAUGGCAUACUUAAAAGGUUACUCGGGUGAAGACGUAAACAAAGUAACUGACAGUUUAUUGACUUCUUUUGGUUUAAAACCUUACGCUGAUAAACCGUGUUCUGAAUACAGCGGAGGAAACAAAAGAAAACUAAGCUCUUGUAUAGCGUUUUUAGGAUCUCCUAAGGUCAUUUGCCUCGAUGAGCCCACAAGUGGUGUCGAUCCAGCAAGUCGACGCAAAUUUUGGGGUAUAUUAUCAUUGUUCAAGAAAAUGAAAGGGACAUCUUUUUUGCUUUGCUCUCAUAGCAUGGAAGAAUGUGAAAAUUUGUGUGAUGAAAUAGCAAUUAUGAAAAGUGGUGAAAUUAAAGAUCAAGGGAGUCUUUUGUGUCUGAAAAAAAAAUACCAAAAAGGUUUUAAAAUUGCUGUGACACUUACAAGCGAAACAAACAACUCAGAAGAAAUCAAAAAGCACAUGGAAGACAAAUUAAAAGCUCAGCUUAAAGAGGAAUACGCUAAUACGUUAACUUACGAAGUCGUGGACGGUAACCAAAGGUUGAGUAGAUUGUUUUCUGACUUACAGACAAUGAAGGAUAUGUAUAAAGAACAAGUAGAGGAUUAUGCAGUGAACCAAAUUUCAUUGGAAGAUAUAUUCCUAACCGUUGCAGAAGAAACCUAGGCUUGUGGGACCAAGAACACAAUGUGGAUAAAUGGUUGAAUACAAUUCUGUUGACAUAGCAAUUUGCUUCUGCAGAACUACGCGGUUUAGAGAUGAUGGAGUAAUGGUGGGUAGUUGUAUACUAUAAGUCAUAUAAAUAAUAAUAAUUUAAUAUCCAAUCUAUCGAUAUCUUCGAGAAUAAGAAUUUUAAAUUUAAUUAUAUAAGUUAAGCCAAAGAUUUACACAGCAGUAUUUAAAAACCGUUUUUAGAUUAUUUUCUGUGAAAUUCGACACAAAAAUAUCUUUCCACUGAAAUUACCAGUUUGCAAACUUCUGGUUUUUAUUGCAAACAUUACCUACCUAUUUUUGUACAAAUGGUUUUUUUUUUGUGUGUUUACUUUCUCUUUGUGGAAAUUAUCCAGCACUAGAACAUCCAAAAAUUACUUCAUCAACCAAAUAUUGGGCCGUUCUACAAAAAAUUUUGUUGCUGAGUUGCAUGUCAAAAUGAAUGAAUUGAUUUCUGUAAAAACUUAGGAACUCAGAUUUGAGAAGUUUGCUAUUUGGAAAAUGAAGUUGCCGCAGAAACAAUUACAUCUCAACUGAGUUUCCAAGAAUGCAGAGCAAAUAAAGACGAUUUUGUGAGAUUUUGCCUACUUUUUGAGAUACUGAUAUAUUUAUGUUAAAAUGCGAUUUUUUCGUUAUUAAUCUUUUAUUGUAAUUCGAAUUUUUUCUUUAAUUCUCAUAUUUUUAAACUAAAUUUUUUGAUAUUUAUUACGUCUUAUUUUAAAAUUUCCUAGUUUUACCUGCGUGUUCAACGAUUGUACACAAUGCAUCUGUGAUUGUAUUUAUAUCUUUAAAUUUCUUUAAAAAAUCUUUAUUAUGUGCGCGAAACGUGCGUCGAAAUUUUUAAUAAACGAGAUUUUUUAUUACUGAAAAUUUUGAAAUUGAUCUAAAAGAGAGUCGUUAAUAUUCAGAAAUUAUUUAUGAACAAUAAAGGUAAUCAGUUAAUAUUAUCUUAUUCUAAUUGAGUAUUUUUAAAAUCAAGUUGUGUCGCAAACAAUCAAAACUGCGAUAUAUAAUUUGCGGUUGAUGUUAGAGGCAUCGCUUGAGUUUAAAAAUGUUUGUUACAGCAAAUAGUUCCUUACAAAAAUUGUUUUUUACAACUUUGCCGCUGUUCAACUUCAAAAUCUUCAAUAUUUAAAAAAUCUCGCUUACUGAAAAUUUCGAUACACCUUUUGUGCAGGCAAUGAAGAACGAAAUUUAAAGGCAGCAAUACAAUAAAAGUUGUAUUUAUUUACUACUACUUACUAUUGAUCUUGGUGAUUUUGAAGAAUUUGUAAAUCCUAUUCAUGAAUGUCAGGUUUUAGCUAGAAAUCAUAUUUUGGUCGAAUUUUAUGAGUCCUGAAGCAUAUUUCGACUUGUUUUUUGCUAGUUAAACUCAUUGGGGUCAGUAAAUGAUGUACCUUACUUAACCGUUGUAAUAAUUCAACUGGCACCCUGUAGCACGCGACGAGUAAGUUCAAAAUGAAAUAUCUACCAGAAAUUCUUGAAAUCAUGUUUAUUUAAAUCCAUGCUCAUUAAAAAAGUCAUUUUACUACAUUAUUACCAUUCUCCCAUGUACCCAAGUGUCAGCGUAACAAAAUUUUUGAGCAAAUUCGAGUUGAACUUUUUUGAACAAUGGCCAAAACAAUUGUAAAAUCCCUCUAUAAAUUAGGAAAAAUUACUACACUAUUCGAUAUUUAACGUUCACAACACUUCACAGCACGAUUAGUUGAAAAUCUUAAUAGAAGUAUGUAAACCGAGACAUGGUCCUAGUGAGUGCUAGGCUAUAAAAACCAAGCAUUGUUUCGGUGAAUACUUCUAUAGCAACCCUAAACGUUAACAACCGAAUAUUGGAGUCCUUUUUAAUUAUUUCGAAACGAACUAUAAAAUACGAGUAACAAUAGAAGUAUGUUUGGAAUUUUUGACUGUUUACAUAAUCAUAGAUAAAAUUUUCUUUCCCCUUUAGCAAUAAACAACUGAAGCAUCUUAAUUAUUGUAAGCACAUUACUCAUAAAGGUAAUGUUCUCAAAUGAAAACAGAAGCUUAAAAAUUGUAUUGACUAUUUAUGAAAAGUAAAAAAUAUUUGAAUUAAAAAUUACCAAAUACUUUGCUAUGCAAUGAUUUAAUUCACUGAAAGGCAACUUGGUAAAAACUGCGUCAAUGCAAUAUUUGUGAUACAUCUGUGAUAAAUUUUAUAGUUUAGGAUGAAAUGAAUCGAUUGGUUUUUGAAGUCGGUGCGUGCUAUUUUUUUUAUAUUGUUAGGGGACGGGGCGUCGCGACGUCGCGGGUUGACGGGGACGACCUGUCCUCACCUGUCGAGACACCGGCCCGAACCAGGAAGCCGGGUAUGCUCCGAUUUGGAAGUUCUGAGAAGAACUGGUUGCGUGCUUUAUUUGUGUGCUUGUGUAGGGAUUUAUUUGGGGCAAUAAAACCCUCGGUUAGAGAAUGCAGAGCGGUUUAUUGUGACUCCGAAGCGUACACUUUCACCGCUAGCUGACAAGUGAUGCUGAGCGGGAUUUCUAGCAGCCUUUUAUGCUUUUUUACCGUUUUCUGGACACCGUCUGGGCAGCGGAUUGGCUGCCGCCAGAUGUCACAGAAAACGGAGCAUAAUUGUUAUUUGCUUAUCGCCUAUUAACACUAAACUAAUUCUUGGCACUAAAUAUAUUAUCUACUAAUUACCUUACCCUAAUUAACCUAUUUUUUUCGCGAGCUGACGGCACACGCGCGCAAUUCUGCACCAGUAGGCGGGGCCCCGACCGAGGUAUUAAAUAUAACCACCGUCGGCGGGGCGGCCAGACUGGAAACAGCCGCCGCAGCACGCGAACCUAUUCUACGCUAAACUACUUUAUUAAUUAUCCUAAAACUUAAAUAAGGUCCUAAAGUAACUUAAUUAAUUGUGAAAUCAGGCCUCGGUCACGCUCUCCGGCAACAAUAUACAUGUAUAUUUUUACAACGUUGUACCCUUUUAUAAUUUUAAACAUGACUUCGGUUUUUCAAAUGCAGCCUCUGAAACUACCGAAUUUUUGCCCGUGUAUUUAAUACUAGCUUUAAGUUAGUUACAUGAACAAGAGACAUAAAAGAUUCAAUUUCGCAAAGUAAGUAGGUAUACAGUUAAUAUGUGUAUUUCAAAAUUGGGCGAUUUGUUUCAAUUUGUUUGUUUUUUUUUUUUAAACAAUCAACUUCAGUUGCAUUAAGCUCAGCGACCGCCAGAUUAGUUUUGAAUGUAAUGCUUUUCUAUUAAUUUUGUUUCUGUUUGAAGCUUAACAACAAAAUAUUGAGCAGAUACAUAUUUAUUUAUUUUAUGGAUAUAUCUUUUAAUGUUAUUUGUUCUGUGGUAAGCAAGGAAAAAUGUACCAACUUGUGCAACAAAGUGCUACCCAGAAAGUGUACAUACAUUAUUUUUUUAUUGGUGAUGAGUAUGACAUAAGUUUAAGAAUUUGGCUUUUGAUUGGAACUUAUAUGUUGUAUUGUAUACACAGACUAAUUUUAAAAGAACAUUAAACUUUCUUAUAUGAUUUAUUUAAAUUAUUUUUAUUAGUUAUUAUUGUUACUGGAUUAUAUUUUUGUAUUUUGUAAAAUGGAGAUUUUCCGUAAUAAAUUAUUAUUCUUAUUAUUAAUAAACUUAAAAAUAAAUUUGUUUUUCUAUAA